CACUCCUGUGCGGUGGUUUAUACUGAAAGGUAAAGAUGCGAAUUCACACUGCGACUCGCAGCCGACAGCAGUGAGCGGAUACUACAGCAGGCAGGCUGCCCUCACAGCCUGUCUGAACUGCUUCAUGUGAUAUGAACGCUUUCACUUCAGCAGCUGAUGACUGUGUCUGCAGGCCUCACAGCAGCAACAUCUGUUUACACUCCAGUAUCUCCAUUGGGCGGACAGUGAGGACCAGUCGCCACUAUGCGAUGCAUGUAACUUUCCAGUGGCGGUGUUGUGGCCCCAGGCGGGAUGCUGCUAACGGCCGGUCAGUAUGACUCUGCUGGACUUGUGGCUGUCGCGUUCCAUCCCCAUGUGCCUGCUCCUUCAGAGCCUUGUCCUCAUGGCCCUGUGCUUCCCUUCGGCCAGCAUGUGUCCAAAGGGCUGCAUCUGCCAACGCGACCUCCACCUCCAUGGCCUCAACGUCACCUGCAGUCAGUCCCGCCUCAAAGAGAUCCCCCCCAGCCUCCCGGUCGACACUGUCCUUCUGAGGCUAGACCACAAUCAGAUAGGCGUCGUGCCUGAUCAAGCCUUCCAUGGACUCAGGCUUUUGAGGGAGCUUAACCUUUCAUACAACGCGGUGGAGACUUUAGGGGAAAGCGCUUUCAGUGGCAUAGAGGCGACAUUACAGGUGCUGGACCUCUCCCACAACCGCAUCACUAGCGUACACAAGGAUGCCUUCGCUCGGCUCAAGGCCCGCGUCAUUGUAGAUGAUAACCCCUGGCAUUGUGACUGUGCCCUCCAGCAGGCCAUUGGCGGAAUGGCCCACAACCAUGAAGCAGCCGCCAGGGUUCUCUGCAGGAGCUCGGAGCUUCGUGACCAGGCGGGACGACCUUUCUUGGCGGUGGACAUUGACCUCUGUCUCUUGGCCAAAAGGACCACAGACUACGCUAUGCUGGUAACCAUGUUCGGUUGGUUUGCCAUGGUCAUUUCAUAUGUGGUGUAUUAUGUCCGUCAGAACCAGGAGGACGCCAGACGCCACCUGGAGUACCUCAAGUCUCUCCCCAGCAAGCCCAAGAAACCUGACGAGGCUGACGAUAUAAGCACUGUUGUCUGACAGCAGUGUCAAAGUGACUGUGUCCCACACAAACCUAAUGAACACCAAAAUGUUUAUGUAACAGGCCUCACAUGUAUAGUGUUUACUCUUUCAAACUUUUAGUGAUGUGAGCAUCAAAUCUGCUGAGAAAUCUUUGUAUUUUGGAAAUUUUAUCAUACGUCCUUACCAGGGUUUGUACAUGACUGAGCUGAGAUAAGAUGAGAAGGGAGGCCACAGAAUCCAAUAGUAUAACACCAACAUUGUCUUUUCUAAAAAAAAAUUGCAUAUGGAGUUUUGAAAAUUUUAAUCUCAGGUUUAAAUACUGACAUGAUAAAGGCUUUUUUUAGAUGAAAAUUUUAAUUGAUUAUCUGAUAAAAGAAAUAUAUUUGUAAUACAUGACACCCUGAUCUUAUUUUCCCACGAUAAAAUUUACAUUGAGCUUUGCAAACACUUGCUAAACCAAGUGCAUCUUUCAUACCCCUUAAAAUUAAAUAAAAAUUCUGCACAGAAAUUUCAAUAUUUCUCCAUGGCCUGCAUAUAGAGACUAUUUGAUCUAUUUAUUGUGUCAUAUUUUAGAUCUUACAGCCUUGGAUAUUGGAGAUCUGAGGUAUAAAUUAGUAGUUGAGCUGUGGUGACCAGAGACAGAUCACAGUUAAGACAAAUUUGAGAAGAGUAGGCAAAAUUUCACUCAACAUUUAGGAAACCAUGUCACAUCACGGAUACAUAGAAUACUAGAAACUAUGGAAGCCCAUUUCUGUCAAGAAAAUUACUGAAUAAAAAUUUAGGAAUGAUUUAAAUAAAAAUGUGUCAAAGUUACGAGAUACUUUACUUUUGAAGACAAAAUUAAGAUAUAGUCAAAAUUGUUCUAGCUAACUUCAGCUAGCUUGUCAACAUGACCUGCUAUGUCACCAUUAAGAGUCAUCUUCUAACCAUGGGUAACAGUUGCAGUUCUGGCAAGGUAAUAGCACAAAAGCCACCCAAAACUUAUAAACAAGGAAUGGAAAGCAGCAGUUGUUAAAACUGUUCAAAUUCAAUGUGUAGUGCACUAAAACAGAUAUUGAGGUGGAAACAGCACAUUAUGAGCUUAACUGUAAACAAAAUGACAAGUACUUUACUGUAUGUGUGACGAGUAUUGAUAUCAAUUUACUACAAAAAAAAUAAUAAUUUGUGGCGUAGAUACUCCUUAAAUAGUCUAAGAAAUGACUUAGUAUCUUAGAAUUUUGACUUGUGACUUUAUCCAUUUUUGUCAUUGUCAAGGCUUUUUCUUUUCCAUGGGUAUCCAUAGGAUCCUGGUUGGCUAGAGGGUGUGCAGAUAACCACACUUCUUAAAUGCAAUGAUGUCAUUGGUAUUAUGUUUACAUUCUCAUAGCUGGAGCACUGCUGGUUUCAGUUUAUUCCAGGCUACAGCUUCUCCUUGAGGAACAGUAACGUUCAUUACAAGGUUGACAAAGACAGUGCAAUACAAAGAUUCCUUUUAAUGUACUGCCCCAAAUUUUUAAGUAAAAAAACAUGUAUUUUAAUUGUAGCAAGUGGCCAUGUUGUAAGCAGGACAAUCCACCACAAUUUCAAAAAUGCAGCUAUGGAACUAUAAUGCACUCUGUGGAGGCAAAUGUGGAUACAAAUAGCCCACAGCAUGGAUUAUUUGUGUUGUUACGCUGGUACCAAUGUUGAGACCUACCACCUUGUCAUAUCUUUUAGUUAUUACACAAUAAAACUUAUUCCAUUAAAACAAGAAACCUUUGUUAUAAGAACAUUCAAUUAGCUUAUUAAAACUUCCAUAUUAUGCUAGAAAAAGAUACAGUCAAUGCCUGAGAAGAAGACAGUAGCCGACAUCAGUUCCUUGCUGCAUAUUAACAAUGUAUACCUAAACAACCAACCGUUAUGUCUUGGUCAUGGUUAGUAAUUCACUGAACUACCACUAAAACCAGUCUACUUAGUGACCAACCCCCAAAAUCCAGCUGGAAAAACAUCUGAGUUGAUCAGAAUGUUAAUAUGAUCUCCUGAGUUGCCUUCAGUUAUUGCUGUGCACUCACAACAAGCUCUAAAAGCAAUAGACUUUAUUUGCCCUGAAUUGAAUUUUGACAGGUAACAUAGACGCUAGAACUGAUAGUAAAGAUAAAGACAGUGCUUUUGUAGUAAAGAUAUAUAAACUAAACAUUAUUUAUUGAGUUUAAAGGUUCAUUGCUGACAUUGGAAAUAAAAAACAAUUUUGUACAACAUACCAGUAAUAAUAAUAUGAAACCAAACCUACGCCCUUCUGUGUAAUAUCAAGAAAGUUUCUUGAUAAAGUGAUGUCACAACAAAAAAAUCCUCAUUUGGUAUGUAGUAAUAACAAGAGCGAUAUGUAAUUCUAACAAGAGAAGUAGUGAGAUUUCUUUUGUUAUAAUGAGAAACUGAGCAAAUCAUUUUUGUCAUGGUGGCAACGACAGCACACGUCAGAUGUGAGCCAUUGCAAUUAACAACUCUGUCACCAUCCACAAAUACAUUAAAGUCAUUAUAUGCGAACAGUUCAA